UAGCGCUUAUCAAUUCCAUAAAGAUCAAUUACUUCUACUUCACUCCAAAAUUUCUCACUCAGUCCUCACCACUCUUCAAUUUCGUCUUCUUCUACCUUCACCCACCGAGUUACCCCUUGACUCGGAGCGAUUUCCAAUCCACCGGAAACAGUAUCGGCUGUUAUUGGAUCUGAUGGGUAGCAUACAAGAAGCAGUAUCGAUUACAGAAGAACGAGUGAAGGGUGUUGAAGAAAACGACACCGUUUAUGUUGCGGUGGGAUUGAACGCUGAGAAGAACAAAAAACUAUUGCAUUGGACAACUCACAAAUUUUCUGGUAACAGUAUUUGCCUUCUUCACAUUCAUCAACCUGACCUUGUCAAUUCCUUCAGUAAAGCAGAAACAAAUGUCUUUGAAUAUGAACCUAAAGACCAUGCAACCAAGGCAUUCCAAGAGCAUGGUAGUCAAACAGUGCACGAACUCCUAGACAAGUACAUCCUCACUCUGGUCCCAGCAGGGGUACAGGCCUCUAAAUUGUUGAUUGAGAAGGAUGAUAUUGAGAAAGGGAUCAUAGAAGCUAUUGCUCAACACAAUAUUAGAUGUCUUGUAAUGGGAGCAGCUGCAGACAGACAUAAGAUGGGGGUGGACAGUGAAAACACGCCUGGAAUAGUGACUGCCCCUGUAGUGUUGAUGCUCGACUCAAAUACGGAAGCCAAACAAUCUGAAAAGAUUAAAUCAGAAUUGAUUCCUGAUGUAUUGAAAUAUUUAGAUUCUAGUGACAUGGAAGAGACUGAAAACGGCAAUUCCCGCUGUUCUUUAAAUGCAGAAUGGUCCUUUAACAGUGUUAUUGCAAGAACAAAGUUGACAGAUUUGCUUGUUCAUGAGGAUGAUGAAGAAUUACAGAACUGGCGUGCUAAGGAGAUAAGUUGUAGAAAAGAAGUUGAAGUACAAUUGGCAAGGGAAAAACAAGACGUACAAGAAAUGAAGAACCAGCGAGAUAAAAUAAUAUGUGAAUUGCAAAUGGUCCAAGACCAAAGUUCAACUCUUAGAAACCAAAUGCUCGAGUCCAAGUGUAUGGUAACUGAGUUGGAAGAGAAGAUUAUAUCAGCAGUGGACCUUUUGAUAAGUUUCAAGGAAAAACGAGAUAAGCUAAGGAUAGAACAUGCAAAUGCAGUUAGGAAAGUUGAAGUGCUGAGAAAAUUUGGAGAAGUGGAUACUACAUCCUCUUAUGUGGUAGAAUUCCCUGCAUUUUCCUUUAUGGAGAUCAAUGAGGCAACUCAGGAUUUUGACCAAUCUUGGAAAAUUGGAGAGGGAAGGUAUGGAAGUGUUUACAAGGGACUGCUUCGCAACAUGCCAGUUGCCAUAAAAAUGCUACCCUCUUAUGGUUGCCAAAACCAAUUAGAGUUUCAGCAUCAGGUAGAGGUUUUAAGUAGAGUACGACAUCCAAACCUGUUAACACUAAUUGGAAGCUGCGCAGAGUCUAAGUCACUUGUGUAUGAAUAUCUAAACAAUGGUAGCCUUGAAAGCCAUCUUGCCUGCAAAGACAGGACUCCACUUCCAUGGCAAAUUCGAAUAUCCAUUGCUACCGACAUAUGCUCAGCUCUAAUUUUCCUUCAAUCCAGCAAGCCUUGUAUUAUCCAUGGGAAUUUGAAGCCUAGUAAGGUUCUCCUUGAUGCUAACUUUGUUGCCAAACUUGGUGACCUGGGGAUUCCUUCUUUAGUCCAGCACAGUAUGGAUUCAGCUGACACAGGCACAGUAGUAUGUAAUAACUCACAUAAACAUUUGGCGUAUGUGGAUCCAGAGUGUCUUGUCACUGGUAAAUUUACACCAGAGUCAGACGUGUAUUCGUUCGGAAUCAUACUGUUGCAACUUCUAACUGGAAGACCACUUUCGGGGCUAGUUAGAGAUAUGAAAUGUGCAUUGGAAAUGGAAAAUCUUAAAACUGUGUUGGACUUUUCAGCUGGUGAGUGGCCACUUCAUCAAACCACACAACUGGCAUACUUAGCAUUGAGGUGUUGUGAGAAGACUUGGCUGAACCGGCCAGAUCUUGUGUCAGAAAUCUGGAGUGUUCUUAAACCAUUCAGAACUAUUUGCAUUGACAGGAGACAAGAGUUGACUUCUAAGAAGCUUCAACGAGCUCCUUCUCAUUUUGUGUGCCCCAUUGUCCAGGAAGUUAUGGAAGACCCAUACAUAGCUGCAGAUGGCUUUACAUAUGAAGAAGAGGCAAUAAGGGGAUGGUUGGACAGUGGUCACAACACUUCCCCUAUGACAAACCUCAAACUUGAACACACAGAUUUGGUACCUAAUUAUGCAUUACAUAAUGCCAUUCUGGAGUGGCAGCAACUGUGAAUAUUUUUCAUUAUAAUUGCACACAUAGUGAUGUAAAUUACACUUGAAAAAAGCUCUUCUCAAGUGAGCAAGUAAAGUGUAUUCACUCUUGAAUAUAAGAGUUGGGAUAAAUGAAGGGUAUAUACACUUUUACUUGCUUACCUUAGAUAAUUUCACUAUAGAGUAGCCUUGCCCUGUGAGUCUCAGUAGACAAGUAUUUUCGGGUGAAGAAAGUAGGUGAUAGAGGGGGGGGGGAAGAUAUAUUUUUUAACGAAACCUUCUCCUUGGGUUGGGAUCUUUCUAAAAUGAGGGAUUGUCAUGUAAUUUUCAAGAACCCACUUUCAUUCUUAUCAAUAUUUAAAAUUUCAAGCUGUCUAAAUUGAGGAUUCCAAAUA